AUGAGCAAGGAUCUAGACAUUGUAAUCUUUGGAGCUGCAGGCUUUACUGGCAGAAGAACAGCUACUAGAAUCGCCAGAAACCCUCCUACCAUCCAAGGAUUCAAAUGGGCUAUUGCGUCUCGAGUAGAGGAUCAGAAGCUACUUGAAGAUCUAUUGAAGGAGAUCCAGUCAACUCAUGCGCCUAAUUCAGGAGUUUCGAUUCCUGAAAUCAUAAUAGCGAAUGCCAAGAGCCACGAUGAGCUACUGAAUUUCACGAAACGUGCAAAGGUCGUUAUAAACGCCGUUGGACCAUUCAGAUAUUUUGGUCUUAAUGUAGCUACAGCAUGUGUUGAAGGACGUGCCGACUAUGUCGAUUGCUGUGGUGAACCAGAAUUCUACGACCGUGUCUUCCUAAACUGCAACAAGGCCGCUCGUGAGAACGGCGUUACCAUAGUGCAUGCUUCCGGAUGGGACUCUGUACCCGCAGACCUCGGUGUCCUAGCCUGCAAACUGGAAUUCGCUAAGCGAGGAGGCGUUUGUAAUGCCGUUGAAAUGUUCCAUUCUUUACAAUACGGACCUCUAGGAUUCGCCCUCAACUACGCUACGUACGAAUCGGCCGUACAGGGUUUCGCCCAUCGAAAAGAACUGGGCAAGCUCCGUAAAGCAUUGAGUGGAGUGAGACCCAACCUGCCUCGACUUGGAGAAAAGCUCAAGAUAAAUUCCACGCCAGGACACUUUGAUAAACGGAUUGGGCUUGCGUGUAUGGUGUUCCCGGGGUCUGAUGCUAGUUGUGUCAAGAUGGGACAACAAGUGGUCCAAAUGAAUCGCGAAGCCGGUAGUGCUUCACAAGCACUAGCGGGGAUUCCAGCAGUAGAAUUCUCUGCAUACUUGGCCGCAUGGACACGAACUGUAUACCAAGUCGUCGGAUAUGCAGCAUUUGACUCAAUCUUAGCUUCAUACACAUGGGGCAGGAAACUGUUACUGGAUUACCCAUACCUUUUCACUCAAGGAAUCUUCAGCAAGACCCGUCCACCAAACGAGAAGAUGAUACACGAUACCUCCUUCACUUCAACGUUCCUGGCUAAUGGAUAUUCGGAUCCAGCAGCCGUCAAAACCGCCGGCAAAGUAAACAAACCAAACAUGUUUGUCAAGAUGAGCGUUACUGGACCAGAACCUGCCUACGUAUUCACUCCAAUUGCAUUGGCCUGCUCUGCUUAUACUCUCUUGGAACAAAAAAGUUCAAUCCCAGCAGGUGUAAAUUCUCCUGCUUCUGCUUUUGCUGAUACAGCCAUAUUUGAUCGUUUCAGAGGCUUUGGGAUCAAGUGGUCUAUUCAUGAGGUCAAGACGACACAUGUCCCAGAAACCUUUGUUGGUGCCAGACUCUGA